GGGGCCCAGAGCGGGAGCACGCCUUGGACGUGCACACGCCGUCCCGCCCUUCCAUGCCGUGGUCCUGACAGCGCGCAGCGACGCGCAACAGGCCGUGAAAGGUUUGCAUUUCCUCCCACUUUGUGAACAAUGUCAAAGAAAGCACAGCCUACAGGGAAUGGGCCAGAAGAAGAUGGGCCUGUUCCCUAUAAGCAGUCGAAGGUAGAUGAGUCUGACAAGCUGUCCACAUUAAAUUUCAACAGCCCCACUGCUCUUUUUGAAAGUUUAAUCUCACCCAUCAAGGUAGAGACUUUUUUCAAGGAAUUCUGGGAACAAAAGCCCCUUCUCAUCCAGAGGGAUAACCCUUCAAUGGCCGCCUAUUACCAGUCUCUGUUCAGAUUCUCAGAUCUGAAUAGGCUCUGCCUUCAAGGGUUGUAUUAUGGAAAAGAUCUGAAUGUCUGCCGGUGCAUCAAUGGGAAGAAGAAGGUUUUAAAUAAGAAUGGCAAAGUACACUUCCUUCAGCUGAGAAAAGAUUUUGAUCAGAAGAGGGCAACAAUUCAGUUUCAUCAACCACAGAGAUUUAAGAAUGAGUUUUGGAGGAUCCAGGAAAAGCUGGAAUGUUACUUUGGCUCCUUGGUCGGCUCGAAUGUAUACAUGACUCCAGCAGGAUCUCAGGGCCUCCCUCCCCAUUAUGAUGAUGUCGAGGUUUUUAUCCUGCAGCUGGAGGGAGAGAAACACUGGCGUCUCUACUCCCCAACUGUGCCCCUGGCACGUGAGUACAGUGUGGAACCUGAGGCUCGGAUUGGCACACCAACGCACGACUUCAUAUUGAAGCCUGGUGAUUUGUUGUACUUUCCCAGAGGGACUAUUCAUCAGGCAGAAACUCCAUCAGGCCUGACCCACUCUACUCAUGUGACCAUUAGCACCUACCAGAACAAUUCAUGGGGAGAUUUACUUUUGGAUUCCAUUUCUGCGCUUGUAUUUGACAUUGCAAAGGAAGAUGUGGCAUUAAGGACUGGAAUACCCCGGAAGAUGCUCAUGCAAGUGGAAACCCCAACUGCUGCAAAGAGAAAGGUGAGUGGCUUUCUCAGGACUCUUGCAGACCAGCUAGAGGACAGAAAAGGACUGCUGUCAUCAGACAUGAAGAAGGAUUUUGUCAUGUGCAGACUUCCUCCUUACUUGGAAAAUGGAGCAGAUUUGUUGGAACCAGCUGAAAAGUUCCCAACGCUGGACAGCACAAUAAGACUGCAGUUUAGAGACCACGUUGUCCUCACAGUAGGGCCAGAUGAGGAUCAAUCUGAUGAAGCUCCACAAAUGAUGGCUUACAUCUAUCAUUCUCUGAAGAAUCUGAGACAGGUGCACAUGAUGGGAAAAGAUGAGGAAACACAGCUUCACGGACUUCGCUUUCCUUUAUCACAUAUGGAUGCUCUGAAGCAAAUCUGGAGUGGUUCAGCAGUGCCUGUCAAGGACCUGAAACUUCACACAGAUGAAGAAAAGAGCAACCUGGCAGUCUCUCUCUGGACGGAGUGUUUAGUGCAAGUAUUCUAGAGCCUGUAUACAGAGAGCUGUUAUUUCCUGUGCACACAUUUUCAGUAAAGGCAAAUUUAAUUCUA